AUGGAAAAUAUUAUUCAACAAAAUCCAAUUUUAUCUCAAUCGAAUCAAGAUUCACGAUUAAAUCGUUCAUUAGAAACAAGUCAAGUUGUUGCGGUUGCUGCAUCUAUUAAUUUAAAAAAUCUUCUUUCUUAUCAAGAUGUUAUGAAUGCAAUUGAACGUGAUUAUCAUUUACAUGAAGGACAAGAACGUGAAAUAAUUAUGAAAUUAUGGCUAAAAGGACAAACAAUGAUUGCAAUUUUACAACGUUUUAGAUAUUUAUUACAAGAUCUUAAUAUAGAUGAUAAAGAUUUUUCUGAAGGAUUAAAAAUUUCUAUUAAUACAUAUUUAACUAUUGUUUAUUCAAAAUAUGAUUAG